GAUAACCCUUCUUAGGAACGCGUUAAUACUAUCCAUUUUCCUCGCCCAGUCCUGCCAGUAGAAUAGCAGAAGUGUCGAUUUCCGGCCAUCCAUGGCGGCGUCAAGGGGAAUGGGGUCGGCGAACGCGAUUAGGGUUUCGGACAUAGAGAACAUGAGCGUGGAUCAGCUAAGAGUCCUAAAGGAGCAGUCUGAUCUCGAGGUAAAUCUCCUCCAGGACAGCCUUAACAAGAUCAGGUCUGCUGCCACCCGUCUCGAGAUCGCAUCCACCGCUCUCCACGACCUCUCUCUCCGCCCUCAAGGGAAGAAGAUGCUCGUACCUCUCACGGCGUCUCUCUACGUCCCGGGAACCCUCGACGAUGCUGAGAAGGUUUUAGUUGAUGUUGGAACCGGUUAUUUCAUUGAGAAAACUAUGAAAGAAGGGAAAAACUACUGUGAGCGGAAAAUCAAUUUACUGAAAGCUAAUUUUGAAGAAAUUCUCGAG